GAAUUACCUAUUAUUAUAUCUGACAUUGAUUUUUGCAUUAUCAACGGAAUACGAAUAUCGGCUUAUUAUGGCUGUUCGAGUUCUUUUAAAAUACGUAUGAACAAGAAGAAGAUAUUUUGUGAAGAUAAUUUCAUGUGCAGACUAUAUUUUGUUCAUUGCCAAAAAUUGUUUUCUCGUGGCAGGUAGAAACAUAAUAAACAGGAACGUCAUGGAUAUCAGUGAUGUGCUGGAUAUGCAAGGAUAUAGCAUAUAUUUCAGAAAUCUUUAUCGAAGUACACACCUUAUAACUCAGUACCUCGAGUACCAAUGUACAGGUGUGAAAGCUAUAACAAGUGGUGGAAUGGGGGAGUCGUCAAAUAUGCCUGGAAGUGAUGUUGAUAUUAUGGAAGUAGUGAAUGGUUUUAAAGUAAUAGAACAAAAUACGUCGAAAGCCCACUCAACUGGCACAACAGAGUUUCAAAAAUGGAUCCCAUUAUAUAUUUGUAGACGAUGUUGCAAGGCAGGUUAUUGUCGACUCGAAGUGACUAAAAUUUAUUACCAAGAAGCUGUAUAUUGUUGCAAUAGUCCAAGUGGAAAAUACAGUAUUUGUGAAAUAAUUCUUGAUAUAACUAAAAAACAAAACGAUCGAUAUUUUAUUUCAAGUAAAUUGUUUCAAGAUAAAGUGAUACCUGAAGAGUAUGUUUUUCCGAAUGACGAUGUUUAUGAACUAAGACGUAAUGGACCAGCUGUGACAUGUGAAAACUUAGACAGAGUUAAAAGUUUAGAACUUAAACAUUGGCCGCCCGAAGCAAUAGCAUGGAAAUCUCGAGAGAGACAAAAUAACUGGCCUAGCAAUGAACUUUUAUCUUUCCUAGAAAGAAACGUUUCCUGUUACGUUGUUCCAGUUGGGUGUAAAUCCUCGAAGAGGUCGGACUUGGAGUGGAGGAUUUCAUUUGUAGAGAUUGAACGAUACCUCAUUUGGAAUAUGAAUGAUACACAGUUCAAGUGUUUCAUAUUGCUUAAGAUGCUGAAAAAAGAAUACAUGAAAUGCGAGAUAUCGACAUAUCACAUUAAAAAUGUUGCUUUUUGGUCAUGCGAAGAUUUGCCAGAAAGGUCUUGGAGAAAAGAUCUGCUAUUUAUUUGUGUAAAGAAUGGUCUUCUAAAGCUGAGACAGUAUGUCGAAAAAGGAUUUCUGCCUCAUUAUGUUGUUCCUGAUAAUAAUCUAUUCUUUUCCAAAAAUAUAAUAAAGCCCGAAGAAAAGAAAUAUACAUUGAAUAUAAUUGAUGAAAUAAAUAAUGAUCUCGAGGAUAAAUUAUCAAGGUUACUAUUGACAACGGACCUUACAGAGAUUCACUACUCGGUUUCCAUGGUCAGAGAAUACUGGAGAAGGUGUACUUUGGUCUUAUUAUACGUUAGAUUGACAAACAGUCAGUCGCUUUGCGAUAACAUGGGUAAAAAAUUUGGACAAGACGGUGAAGACAUUUUGCCAUGUAUAAGACUUGCACUUACCAAACUGGAACUGAGAAAGUGUAGUGGAACGGUAAACGAAAUUGAUGACUUCAUAAGAAAGAUGAAGAAAGAAAGCGUUAUAGAUUACUUGACUGUCGCGUUAACCUGCGGGAUGGUAUAUUUUGUAAACAACAGAUAUUCUGAUGUCCGGAAUGCUUUGACUGAAAAAUUGAAGGACGGGUCAUACAAGUGUUACAUUAAAGAUGAAGGCGAUUUCUCGUACAUGUCUUUAAUGUCAGGUGACAUUAUACCUUUUAAAACAAACAGUUGCAAGCAAGUUAAGGAUAUUCGAACAGACCGACAAAAUUUGGUCAUGGAUUUCGUUGUAAAUUAUCAUGAACUGGAAUAUGUCCCAUUUCCUUUAAAGCUACAGUUGACUUUAUGCGGCCCAGGCAGAUUCAUUGCUUGUAAUCCACUUGUUCUUAGCUGCUACAUGCUAUACAUUUCCGAAUAUAACCUUGACCUUGCUGAAGAAAUGGAGAAAACAAGAGCCGUUUUUGAGAAUGUUCUGUCUAAGGUGCCACAUCCCAAUAUCCAUUACAUUCAUUUAAAUAUGCUGGGUCACAGUUUAUAUGUUACAGGUGACAGCAAAUCGGCCUUCAAAUAUUUUGUAUUGUCUCUAAGAACGUUUCAGUCUUACAAAAACGGGGGAGUGUAUCAUAUUGCUUGUAUGAUAAAUGAUAUACUUCAAAACAAAUGUCCAUCUGUUGAAUCCUGAAGCUUAUGAUAAGAAGCAUGACAUAUUGAUUAAACAAUAAAAAUAUAUUGGUAAUAA